AUGAGCAAGCAUCGUCAUUCUAAAGAUAUGACUUUUAGUGAACAUAUGCUUGAAAGAGGAGGUAAGAAGGACAAUAAGGGAACUUCUCUUACUAGAAGACCUUUUGAUCAUCGUUCUUUAUCACUUGAACCUUUUAAGAAUCCUCUUUGUACAUUUGAAGGUCAUUGUAUUUGA